AUGAAAGGGUUGCAGUGGAGUCCUUUGGAUCACGUGGAGCUUUUUGCUGGCAAAAUGGCUGUGACAUUGGCCCAGCUAGAGGACAACAAGCGAUGUGCAGCCUUGGAUUUGGAGUAUGGGGGGAGGUGUAUGGAUUUCAUGACACCUGGGGGCUUCGUCAACGCGGUGUUCCAGGUGCUCCGGCUGUCGCCAGGCUCUUCAUUGACCUUGGCACCAGUCUGCUCGACAUGGGUUUGGGUGUCUAGAGGCUCUACAAAGCGCAGCCGGGCUUUACCUCUGGGAAACACCGGGGCUCCCAGUGUAAGAUUGGGUAACCUCAUGGUGGGCCGCUGCGCCUUGCUGCUGUUGUUGGCCGCUGCCCGUGGAGUGUGGUGGGUGCUCGAACAGCCGAAAGGCUCUCUUCUAGAAUAUCAUCCUGCGAUGCAAAGAGUGUUGCGUAGGAUCCGGGUAUGGAGAAAGUAUGUUAGAAUGGCAGACUACGCGGCUGCAAGCGACAAAGGGACCUGGCUAUACUCCAGUCGGCCUGAGAUUGAAGACUUGGACCAGUUCAAGCCACGCCGUGUUGUAAAACGCAAGGCUGUCGCGCUGGUUGACCAUUAUGUGGACUCCAAGGGCAAGCAUCGAGUGAAAGGAAAUUCUCAGCUGAAGGUGAGUCAAGCCUACACCCAAGAGUUUGGUCGCGCGAUGGCCCAACUGAGAAGCAAGCACAGCUCCACGGUGAAGAAGAGCUCUCGAGCUUUCCUUCGCAAAGCUGCAGCUGGGUCGAAGGAGAAGCGAAUCCAGCAGGAGUUGAGUUUCUGGGCCAAGCAUGCGGACUUGGACCCAGUUUUCACUUUCCUCACUUCUUAG